ACCAACUUACAUCUUGCCCAAAUAAUCCAUACGGCCACUACUAAGUAGUCCGAAUGGAUGAGCAACUUGAUCCAAAUGCAGGCCGCUCAUAUGGAGCAGAUGGAACAGAUAAUGAGCAGACUAAUUAAGCCUAACCCGACCCCUGCUCGGACUGCUCCUGCAUCAUUUCCGCUUUUGCCUACCCCGCCUGCUCAAGGGUACGCACCUCAGUUCCCUCACCUAGCUAAUCCAGCAGGAAAGAUCGAGUGUUUUAACUGCAAACAGCCCGAACAUUUCGCCCGAGACUGCCCGCAGCCAAAGCGUAAUCAGCCCCCACCGGCGGUGGCCCCUGUGGCCCUGAAUCAAGGACGAGUGGCCGCAUCAAUGGAUACGGCCCAAGGAGGGGAGCUCGUGGCAUAUGCCCCAGAGCAGCCUUCCCCUUCGACGACAAUGGCGUCGACAUCAGGAGCUUCCUCCUCUGACGCUGCUGACGUGGUCGAUCCACUCGAAUACCUUCAUCUUGCAGGCAUGGUCGGAGCGAUCCGAUCGGCCCCUGAUGAUCUCGAAUGGGUCGACCGCGAAUCCAAUCCUGGUCCGCAGUUUCGAUCAGGAGAAAUUGAUAUGUUACGAGCACUCAAACAAUUGGAUAUUCGUGUUCUGAUCCCAGUGAGCAUCAUCAACUACUGCGUGAUCGUGUACAUGGAUGACAUCUUGGUGUACUCGAGUUCCUACGAGGGACACGUGCAGCACAUCGAAUGGGCACCGCACGCGUUACGAGAUGCGGGUUUCAAAGUGGCGCUUGAGAAGUGUCAGUUUUUCCUCACCACCAUUUCCUUCCUGGGGCACGUGGUGACAGACAAGGGACUCCAACCGGAGCCGCAGAAGGUGGCAGCUGUCAGGGAUGCGCCGGUGCCUACAACUGUCACGCAAGUUCGCGACUUUCUGGGCCUGGCCUCGUACUACCGAAGAUUUAUCAAGGGCUUCGCGACGAUUGCGGGACCCCUCACGAAUCUGCUGCGCAAAGAUCAGUCGUUGAUCUGGACGCCGGAAUGCGAUCAAGCGUUUUCCAAACUCAAGGCCGCUUUCAUUUCGGCUCUGGUCCUUAUAAGACCGGAUCCCAAAAAGUCUUUUGUUAUCAUCACUGACUGGCAGCCAGAGGCAAUUUCGGCAAUCCUUGCCCAGGUGGGACCAAGCGGACUCGAGAGUGUGGUGGAGUAUGCGUCCAAAUCGGUGCCCGCUUGCAAGCGCAACUACGCUGCUCCAACGGGGGAAUGCUACGCGGCUCUAUGGGGAAUCAACCAUUUUCGUGCUUACCUGUACGGGCGAAAGUUCACCUUGGUAACUGAUCACGAGCCCCUGUUGGCUAUGAAGAAAUCGAAGGAUUACUCGGGCAUGAUCGGGCGAUGGGCAACGGUGCUGCAGAGCAUGGACUUUGACAUUCAUCAUCCGAAGCACGAGAGACACGGGAAUGCAGACGGACUAACACGACUGCACCGACCUGAGAAAGUUCCGAAGAGUGAGGAGGUGAUUCCGUGGAACGAACCCGAACAAGAGAUCGGACUUCGGUACGGCCAAGUGGAGAUCCUGUCGAAGCCGGUACAGGUGACGUGGACACAAACCAGCGAGCAUCCUGCGUGGAUCGAAAAUCCGGAGCUGCUGAUCAUCCAAGCUUGGAGGACUAACGUGGAGGGCGAUCUUCUUGGCUUUCUCUUUGGAUCGGUACAGCCGGGGCGCCGCCAACUGAUUGCACAGGAGCUCAUCGCGCCAAUCGUGCAACUGGCGGACGAUCUCUCGCCCGACAUCUAUUCACAGAGUGACGACAAUCCUGCUCCGCACGUUCUCGAGCGGUCAUUGGAUCCAUAUCUUCAGUGGACUGCGUGCUUGGAGGAGCCCAGGGACGAAGAUACGCUGCCGUCGCGGCAGGAGUAUCUGAAGCCGUACGAUAUCAUCCCUCACGCCUUCUAUCCGAGGGCAGAGGAAGUGGAUAUCGACGACGACGACGAAGAGGACGAAGAUGAGGAAACAUCGGAGGAGGGAAGCUAUAGCGAAUAUAGCGAGGGCAAGCUGAGUGAAGGAGAAGAGGAGGAAGAAGAGACCGGAUCUGAGUGGGAAGCCUUGCCGGAGGAAGCGACGCGCACGGGAACGGAGGCGGAAGAUCCGGAAGCAGCUCGAAAGCGAGAAGAAAUUGCCACCGGGAAGCGCCAGCUGAAGUUCGCCAGCGAAGCCAGCCUGCGCAUCGGUAAUGAUCCGACCAGAGAUCCGGAGCCGCCAAAGGCCGAAGAUGGCGACCCUGCAGCCGCCACCUCAAGUACCGCGCGACGGAGACGGAGCCGAUCCCCCUCCUCCCCCAGCCCCACCCGUCCCUCAAUUCGCCCACGUACAGAUGCGGGCGAUAGGCCUUCGUCCUCAGACACUAUCCCGCUGACCCCUUGAUUUCCUCACCCUCGAACAGAUCCGCACCCCCGUCACCUUCCCUCCCCAUCCUUUCCUCCCCCAUCUCUUCCGCGAUUUUUACUCUACCCG